UUUUAAAAAUUUUGGGUGCCUUUCUCUCUCUCUCUAAGGUCUAAACUUUCUCCAUUUGGUAAAGUGAAAUCCACCCAAACUUUCCAUUCUCCUGCCUCAGUCUACUCAUCGGCAAGCGCCCUCUCUCUCUCUCUCUCUCUCUCUCUCUAUAUCUUCCCAAACAAUGCGUUUCUUGAUGGAGGUGAUGGUGAAUCUAUAUUGAACUUUUGCUGGCUCCCCGGUCGUAGAUGUGAAAUUGUGGAACCUCAAGAAGCCGAGACCAUUGGGUUUUUGAUGGAUUCAGCUACUUUUGAUUUCAGUUCUAAUUAGGAAGGAGUAGGUGCUUGACUUGUCCUGGAAGGUUGGAGGAAUGCUUCGUUUUUGUUUUAUUAUGCUUUCAGAAGCUUAGUUGAGUUGACUUAAUUCUGGAAAUCGUGUCGGUAUUACCUUCGAACGGCAGUUAAUCCUGUGCUUUUCGUGGGAGAUAUAGUACUCUAAUUCAGCAUCUGUGCUGCCAUCAAUCUUCUACAACAGUGAGUCUGUACUUUGCAGCUGUUUUAUGGGAAGAAGAUUGGCUGAGACUAUUUGCUGAAUUUUUUUUCUGAAAUGGAGUGGAAUACUAAGUCGGACUGGGAUAAUUUAAUUUCAUUUAAUUCAAAGACAAGUGAUAGCCUUAAAAAGCUGCAGUUAACUGAUUUGGUUAUUGAUGACGAGGGGGAAAUUGAUGGUGGUUCAUUCGAUCUGUCUGGGAUUGGAGGUACUAGUGGUGGUUCUGGAUCUGAUUUGGGGCAUGGUUCUUCUGGGAAGAGCUCAAAGUCGGUUUCCACAGACUCUUCACCAAAGGAGGGGAUGAAGACAUCCGGUCUUAAGCUUCAGGGCUCUCCUGGAGCUAUUAUCACGGAAAUAGUUCCACCAAGGGCUGAUCUAUCCAGAACACCGUCGUCUUUGGAGACAUCUGUUGUUUCGGUUGAACCGCUAAUUGGACUGAAACUUGGGAAGAGAACCUAUUUUGAGAACAGCGUUGGCAGCAGUACUAAGAGCCCAGGCUUCUCUGUUGCUCCUGUAUCGUCCAUUUCUACGGCAAAGAAAACGAAAUCAUCUUGUCAGAAUGCGACUAUCCCUCGCUGCCAAGUUGAAGGCUGCAACCUUGAUCUCUCUUCAGCUAAAGACUACCACCGUAAGCAUAAAGUUUGUGAUAACCAUUCCAAAUGCCCAAAGGUUGUUGUAGCUGGUCUAGAACGACGUUUUUGCCAACAGUGUAGCAGGUUUCACAGCUUGACCGAGUUUGAUGAGAAAAAGCGAAGUUGUCGUAGAAGGCUUUCUGAUCAUAAUGCUAGACGUCGCAAGCCUCGCCAGGAAACAAUCCAGUUCAACAGAACGAAACUCACUUCGUCAUAUCAUGAUGGCAGGAAACAAAUGAAUUUUUCACUGAACAAUGGGGAAAGUAUUGGGAACCCUACGUGGGAAAAUGUAUGUAGCUCAAAGUUCAUGCUAACACAACACUUCCCUUUGAAACGUGAGAAAGUUGGGCAGCCACCUUUGCCAAGAAUUGAGCUGCCUUAUGCGAUGACUAUGCAUAAUAAGUUAUCCAAUGAACUCUUGACAUCCAAGGCCUCUGCUGCUGAUGUUUUUAAACAAGGUUUCAAGGAAUCCGUAUCGUCCUCCGAGUCAGCAGCACCUGAGUUUCCUCGUGCUCUCUCUCUUCUGUCAACAAAUUCGUGGGGUUCAUCUGAACCAGAGCCGCCCAUAUCGUUUGACCACCCCUUGCGUGUAUAUCCUACUACCAUGCCUCUCUCCGUGAUUCCCCAAGCCUUGCCAUCGGAAUACUGGCAGAUCGAAACUCAGUCAAGCUCUCAUACCUUCACUGGUAGCAGUAACAUUGGCGGUCACUUCCAGGAAAUUCAGCUUUUCAAACCACCGUAUCAGAAUGACAUUUUUUCAAACACUUGGAGUUGAAAGCUAAAAUUCUCUAUAAACCAAUUCUGGCAGUAUGGAGUUCGUUUGCAUGUCUUCUUGAAAAAUACACCUUUUCUUCUCUGUAUUUAAGUUUCAAAGCGGGAGUACAUAUAAAAGUCUAGAUGGCAAAAGCCUUGGUUGUUGAUUCAUUAACUGAUCUGCGUUUAAUCUUUGCAACUGGAGUUUUCCUUUGCUCGUUGAUGGUUGAGAUCUGGUUUUUUGGUGCAAAGCACAUAAGGUGCUUA